AGUGCUUAUACGCGAUAACGCUUUGAAAUAAUCAUUCCUCCGGAGGGAGCCAAGGGGAAUCGAGGCCUAUCGGGUCAUUAAUUUUAAUUAUGUUUAGUGUUAUUGUCGAAAAUUAAGCAACAAUGGUGUUCCAGACAGUAGAGUAUGAUCCGAUGUGCGAUAAGGAGAAACCACAGAAAAUUUCGUUUGAAGAUGUAUCUGCAGCUGCUUAUAGGAUCCAGAGCCAAAUUGUAAAAACGCCAUGCGUGAAAUCCCAUAUGUCUAAUACAUUUGGAAUGGAAAUUUACCUGAAAAACGAUUUUCUUCAACACACUGGGAGUUUCAAGGAACGUGGGGCACGAAAUGCCCUCCUUUUGUUAUCAAAGGAGAAUAAGAGUCGUGGUGUGAUUUCCGCAUCACUUGGUAACCACUCCCAGGCCUUGAGUUACCAUGCCAACAACUUGAACAUCCCUGCAACUGUCGUGAUGCCCAACGUGGCUCCGAUCAUGAAGAUAGAAAAAUGUCGGUCUUAUGGCGCCAACGUCAUUAUCCAUGGACAUGACAUGAAGGAGGCUAAAUAUCAUGCUAUGACUUUGGCUAAAGAAAAAUCUCUGAUCUAUAUUAAUGGCUAUGACCAUCCGCAUAUAAUGGCGGGACAAGGCACGGUCGGUCUGGAAAUCAUAGAACAGGUGCCUGAUGUGGACGCGGUGAUAGUGCCCGUGGGAGGAGGGGGGCUACUGGCUGGCGUCGCCACUGCUAUCAAGCAUCUGAAGCCACACGUUCUUAUUUAUGGUGCAGAGACGGAGAAGUGUCCCAGUAUGGACUACGCGAUGAAGCACGACGAGCCUGUCUCGGUGGAGAUUAGGUCCACUCUGGCAGAUGGUCUGGCGGUUCCUACGGUCGGGUACAAUGCCUUUGCCACCGUCAAGGAUUGUGUCGAUAGAAUGAUAACAGUAAACGAGGAUUGGAUAGCUCGCGCCAUUCUGCGACUAAUUGAGCAGGAGAAGUACGUGGUUGAGGGGGGAGGAGCAGUGGGAGUGGCUGCCAUCAUGGCGGGCCUGGUGCCUGAACUCACCGGAAAAAAGGUUGUAUGUAUUCUCUCGGGAGGUAACAUAGACACGACGAUCCUGGGCCGAUGUCUGGAGCGAGGUCUGGCUGCAGAACAACGUCUGGUAAAGUUCAAAGUGACGGUCAGCGACCGGCCCGGCGGCAUCGCAGAGCUCUGCAAGCUCAUCUCCUGUACCGGAGUCUCGAUCAAAGACAUCAUACAGGAACGGGCCUGGGUUCAUGGCGAUAUCUUCAGCGUGCGGGUGAAAGUGGUGUGUGAAACACGUGGACCCGAGCACUUGGAGGAGUUGCGCGGAGUUAUAGCGACUACUUACAGGGAAUGGGACUUCGCGGGCGAAUAUGAUGCUUAUCCACGCCGCAACAGCACAGAAUCUCUCGACGAUGUCUCUCAUUAAGUCUUACUUAUGGACAUUGAAUAUAAGAGUGAAAUGCAUUCACUUUGAUACAUAAGAUACUUGUAGAAAUGUAUCUAUUUAACAUCUUUACUGAUAUUGUACAACAGAACAUUUUAUUGUGGCACGUUCGUCUUAGUUUUAGUUGCGUGUGGCUUUGAAACGUGAAGGAAAAAUCCUGGAUAUUUUCUUCAUGCCUUGAAAUUACGGCGCCAAUUCAAAAAAAAACUUUACUGUUAUUAAAAUUAAAGAGAUUAUAAAGUAAAGCUACUUUCAAGACAGCAGUGUCUUAAGCUUACAGUUCCUUACUCUAUCUAAAAGUAAUAAUAAGUAUUAACUAUUUUUUUUUUAUAUGAAAGAAAAUAAAAAUGAGUUAUUAAGAGCUAUUAGGUACGCGACACGCUUGCACAAACUUUUUUGUAAAAAAACAUGAAUUGGGUGGUUUCCUAGGGCAAAUAUAACUUAAUGUCACUUUUGAAUUUUGAAUACUUUCAUUGGUUGAUCAUUGAUAAAAUCAUAAUUUUAGAUCUUUCUUAGUAUUUUUUUUAUAAAAUGCACUAUUUCAGGAAAUUUUAAUAAAUAAUUGCUUUGAUUUGACUAGUUGGGAACUACCAGAUGUCAUGGAAUCAUAAAAUUUUACUUCUCUCUAUGUCUCUACAAAAUCAUUUUCGUAAUUGUUCGUUAAUCUUUUUUACAUCGUCAUAAUAUAUUGAGUAUGUAUAUAAUAUAAGUACUUACUAAGUGUCACCAAAAUCGGUUGAGCAGUUUCCAUGUUUGAUUGACUUGAGUCUAUGAUGUUUAAAACUGCACGUGUAGGUACCUACUGUUUCAUAUGUAAUUGUAGAUAAGAUAAUAAGUUGUACAUUAUUUAAUGACUAAAUUUUUUUCCUUCAAUUCUUUAAUGUUUUCUACACUUUUCCCUGUUUUUAAUACAACAGUGUUUAUUGUAAAGUAAUGAACAUAGUGACAGCAAAUUAAUUAGAAACAUAUCAUCGAAACGCCACGAUAUCAUACGUACUGACGCGGUAUAAUUUAAUUUUAUUGCUCGAUAACUCGUGUAAUCAAAGCACGGACCUAUAAAAGUUGUACCUUGUCAUCUCGUGGCGUAUCAGUAGGCAGUAUGUUUCCAUGGCCGUUUACACAGGCCUUAGUUAUGUAAGGUAUUUUAUGAAUCUGUGAUAGGAUACAAUUAUAUUUUGAUGACAUUAUUAAUAAAGUAAUAAAAGUA